AUGAACCAAUCGCGGCAGUACAACGUCGGCGUGCUGGGUGCGACCGGCACCGUCGGCCAGCGAUUCAUCGCCCUCCUCGCCGAGCAUCCCUUCUUCACCCUCCACGCCCUCGGCGCAUCCGCCAGAUCGGCGGGCAAGCCGUACGCAAAAGCCGUCGCCUGGAAGCAGACCCGGCCCAUCCCCGCCGCCGCCCGCGAGCUCGUCGUGCACGAGUGCGAUCCGGAGCACUUCAAGGACUGCGCCGUCGUCUUCUCCGGCCUCGACGCGGACGUCGCCGGCGAGAUAGAGCAGCGGUUCCGGCUCGCCGAGCUCGCCGUCUUCUCGAACGCGAAGAACUACCGGCGGGACCCGCUCGUGCCGCUCAUCGUGCCGCUCGUCAACACCGCCCACUUCGCGGUGCUCCCGCAGCAGCAGCGCCUGCACGACCCGCCGCUCUCGAAGGGGUUCAUCGUCACGAACGCGAACUGCUCGACGACGGCGGUCGUGAUCCCGCUCGCAGCGCUCGAGCGCGCGUUCGGGCCGAUCGAGAGCUGCAUGGUGACGACGCUGCAGGCGAUCUCCGGCGCGGGGUACCCCGGGGUGCCGUCGCUGGACAUCAUCGACAACGUGGUGCCGUACAUCGCGGGGGAGGAGGAGAAGAUCGAGUGGGAGACGCUCAAGAUCCUCGGCGGGCUCGCGGAGGGCGACGACGGGCGGACGGCGUUCGACAUGCACGCGGGGACGCCGCUGCGGGUGUCGGCGUCGUGCACGCGCGUGCCGGUGGUGGAGGGCCACACGGAGUGCGUCGCGGUGCGGUUCGCGCGCCGGCCGCCGCCGAGCCCGCAGCAGGUGCGGGAGGCGCUCCAGGCGUACACGUCCGAGGCGUACGCGAUCGGCUGCCCGUCCGCGCCGCGGCACACGGUGUUCGUGCACGAGGAGCCGGACCGGCCGCAGCCGCGGCUCGACCGCGACUACCAGGCCGGGGCGGGGGUGAGCGUCGGGCGGGUGCGGCAGUGCCGGGUGCUGGACGUGAAGUUCGUCGUGCUCGCGAACAACGUCGCGAUCGGGGCGGCGACGAGCAGCAUCAUCAACGCGGAGUACGCGGUGCUGAAGGGGAUCGUCGGCGCGUAG